AUGAUGAUCUACACUUUUCUUCUUUGCGUCGGUGUUGUGUCAGCUGGUGUCGGAAGAUUCCGUCGUGGUGGUUACGGUCGCCCAGAUAUUCUACCUCCUCCACCUAUUGACUCCGGAUUACCACCUCAGGAAGAGACUCCGGUGUUCCCACCAUCCGGAGGAGGUGGAUAUGGACGCCCCAACUAUCCACCACCAUUCCCACCAUCGGGCGGCGGUAACUAUGGCCGCCCCAAUGAUUUCACAUCGGUUAACGUGUACGACAGACCUUCUGGAGGUGGAUACGGUCGACCACAUGGUGGAUAUGGAAGGGGAGGUUUUGGAGGUGGUGGCUUUGGCGAUUCUGACGGAGGUUUUGGCGGUGGCGGCUCAUUCAACGGACCAUUCGGCGGCGGCAAGUAG